CGACGCCCCAACCCCCUCCUCUUCCUCCCUUGCGCCUUCCUUCCGAGAGAGCGAGCGAGCUACCGGGAGGGAGGGGAGCGCAGGCAUUUACAUGUCUUGAAGACAAAAGAUGAAUGGAAUGCUAUCAUUAAGUCACCUAGAGGAUCUAUAUUAUGAGCCCUAUCAUUAAGUAAUGCUUAAAUGAAAAGGAAGACCGCCAAGAAGCAAUCAGAAGUAAUUAUUACCCUACUGAGGCACCAAUGACUACGUCAUUCAAUCCAAGUCGACCUUCUUCAUCAGAGUUGGUGGAGCUUCAUGUUUUUUAUGUCCCUGAAGGAUCAUGGAACUAUAAGCUAAAUACCAUUUCAAUAGAAGUAGUCAGUAAAUUUAUUUCAGCUGGAUUUAUAAGGGUGUCACCUAAUCUUACUUUACAAGCCCUGAGGGAGCAGCUGGGUGAGUUCCUGGGUGAAGAGGCUGUUGCAGAAAAAUUUUUGUUUCUGAAAUGCAUAGGAAACAAUUUAGCGGUGGUGAAGACAAAGCAAGAAAAGGAACUGAAACUCAAGUCAUUUGCUCCACCAUAUGCUCUUCAACCAGAAUUAUAUUUGCUUCCCAUAGUGGACCACUUAGGAAAUAUUUAUUCAUCAUCAUCAUCAUCAUCUACUGUGGGAGAUAUGCAACAGAAUAAUCUUUUUGAGGAUGAUAAAGCUGCUCAGCAACUAGAUAGUUGCAAAACUUCUUCAAACCAGAAGCCUGGAAAAGAUCCAAGCCUUUUAGAAAAUAUUGCUAAAGUUCCUCCCCUCAAGAAUCAGGAAGAAGGUAAAAAGAAUAAGGAAGAAGAACCUGUUGAGUCCCAUGAGUAUGAUGAUUUAAGUCUUGCAAAUGCAGAAACCGGAAACAAUUCAGCCAUCUCAAAAAUCCGUAUAAAAGUGUCUCCCAAUGAAAUUUGGGAACAUUGUAAUAAUGUUGUGCCUUGGGAUAAUGUCAAGGAUCAGGCUGAAAGAGACAGUGCUCACAUUUUGCUCAAAAGAAGAGUCAGCCUAAAAGACAACAAGAUUAAAAAAUACCCAGCAAGAAAGUAUGGAUUUCUAGAAACAUUAGAUGAUAAACGUGUUUUACAUGGACAAAACAAAAAAAGCCAAUUCCUGUGGGAAAACGGAGACAAGAUCACUGAUGUCAGUAGAAGAAAGGAAGAUCCGUUAGGUGACGAAGAUUAUGACAAGCCAUCGGGUCCUUCUGCUCCUCCUUUGCUACCCCUCCUUGCUUUUGCUCCAGGAAUACUUGAAACCUCUGUGUUACAAAAUGAGAGAUUCAAGAUUAUGCAACAAAUGAAGCAAGUAAAGGAAGAAAGAUGUCAUUUGGAAGAGACGAGAGAAGAACUGUUGAAAAAAGUUAAAACUUUAUUUGAACAAAGCAAAAUGAAAAGAUAUCGUGCCCAGGAAGCUUGGAAGAAAAAAUAUUUUGAAACCAAGAAAAUCACAGCUUCGUUGGAGGAAGUUUUAACUAAACUUCAAGAAGAUUUAGAACUUUAUUAUAAAAAAUUGCUCAUGCAGCUAGAAGCUAGGGAGAUCAAGAUGCGGCCAAAGAAUUUGGCAAAUGUGGAAGACUCAAAGAAUAACCUUAUAAUCCAGAUCACUGAAGUACAGCAUGCAAUUGACCAACUGAAGAGAAAACUGGACACUGACAAAAUGAAACUCAUGAUAGAAAUUAAGAUGAGAAAACAAGCAAUUUCAGACAUACGAACAUUAAAAAUGGAACUGGAACAGAAGAAAAUGAAGGCAUCUUUGAGCUCCCAGUCAAAUGUAUUUACUUAGAACUGUCUUCUUUUUCAUAAUGUUUAGACUUAUUUGAAGACUGUCCAUCCAUUGU